CCCCCGACAAAUCGUGGUCCAGUUGGGUUGACUCCUCCUUCGGCUUGUGUCAAGCCGGCGCUUUCGCCGCUUUUCUCGCGUUUUCCGCCGGUUUUCACGUGGCGUCCUUCCCCGCAAGCUUUUAGAGGAAACGGGUCGACCUUGGAGUAACUGAGUCGCCGCCGGGGGGAUCGCCAUGGGUGACUAUCAGAAGAUGGCAGAUGCGCCAGCAGGCCCCCUUCCUCCUCCCUAUCCGCUGGCCAAACUUGACAGUGACAAGGAAGGCUUGUUGAAGGGCCUGACCGAUGCGGAAGUGGCCGAGCUGGUGAAGAAGUAUGGCUUGAACGAAGUGCCCGAGGAGAAGGAGCCUUUGUGGAAGAUGUUCUUGAAGCAAUUCACGGGCCCCAUGCAGAUCAUGAUCGAAUGCGCUGCCUUGCUGUGCUUCUUGAUCCACAACUGGCCGGACUUCACCAUCAUCAUGGUCUUGCUCAUGACCAACGGAACUUUGGGAUUCUUCGAAGAGAAGAGUGCGCAAGCAUCAGUGGAUGCCUUGAAAGCUGGCUUGGAGAAGAAGAUGCCGGUGAAACGCAAUGGCAAGUUCGACAGCAUCCCGGUGGUCCAGGUGGUGCCGGGUGACGUGCUCUUCAUGCGCGGCGGCGACAUCGUCCCGGCGGAUUGCUAUUGGGUCGAAGGGGAUCCCUGCCAGGUCGAUGAAGCGGCCUUGACGGGCGAAUCUCUGCCGGUGAAGGUGCCUCGGAAGGACGACGACGGCAAGCCCUUCUCCGGACGGCAGAUGUGGUCCGGAUCCAUCUUGAAGGUUGGCGAGUGCCAAGCGGUGGUGAGCCACACGGGCGUGAACACGAUGAUCGGCGAGGCGGCCAAGGCCAUCCAGGAAGCCUCCGGGAAGGACAUUGGCGUCUUCGAGGGCAAAAUCAUCGAGGCGGCUCAAGUGUUGAUUCUCAUCACUGUUGUGGUGGUGACCUUCCUCUUUUACUUCAUGUACGUCAUCCAGGGCGUUGAGAUCACUGAUGAAGUCUUGGAGAUGUCGCUCUCCUUGGUGAUCGCCUCGGUGCCAGUGGCGCUGCCCAUGGUGAUGAAGGUGACCUUGUCCAUCGGUGCCAAGGAGAUGUCAGAUGAAGGUGGCAUUGUCACUCACCUGACCGCCUUGGAGGAGAUCGCCUCGAUGAAGGUCUUGUGCUCCGACAAGACGGGCACCUUGACCACGGCCCAGAUGACCGUCUACUACGACGAGACGGCCAAGGCCUACAACGGCUUCACGGCGGAGCAGGUGCUGGAAUUCGCCUCACUGGCCUCCAACGAAGCCAACAAGGAUGAUCCCAUUGACUCCGCAGUGCUCCGGGCCUAUGCCAAGAGCAAGGGCAUGACCAAUGUGGAUGAUGCCGUGGACAAGAGGAAGACCCUUUACAGCUUGGAUCCUGAAGGCUUCAUCGGCUUCAACCCCAUCGUGAAGCGCACCUGCGCGGCGGUGACCGCGAAGGACGGCACCAAGUGGUUCUGCUCCAAAGGCAUGGUGGACGUGAUCUUGAAGACCAACCCGGAGGAUGAGGGCAAGCAGUGGACCGUGGACAACUACGAGGAGAUGUCCAAGCAGGCUAGUAAGGCCGAUGCGGAUCUGGGUAUUUCGGGCUUCAAGACCUUGGGUGUGGGCGUGUCCAAGAAUGGUGGGCCCAUGAAAUUCGCAGGCAUCCUGCCUAUUAUGGAUCCACCCAGGCAUGACACCAAGGAGACCAUUCGCAAGAUCAAAGAAGCGCAGGUCGCGGUCAAGAUGAUUACGGGUGACCAUCACAACAUUGGCAAGGAGCUGGCGCGGCAGAUCGACCUGGGCACCGACAUCCGCACCCCCGACUGCCUGCAACCGCCCAGCGAGGCCCGCGACCUCAUCGUCAUGAAAGCGGACGGCUUUGCGAAAGUGAAGCCUUUGGACAAGCACGAGGUGGUCCAAGUACUUCAAGACAAGGGCUUGGUCGUUGGCAUGACAGGCGACGGCGUGAACGACGCGCCGGCCCUGGCGAAGGCGCAGAUCGGCAUCGCGGUGCACGGCGCCACGGACGCUGCGAAGAGCGCGGGGGAUAUCGUGCUGACGAAGGAUGGACUGUCGCCCAUCUACACCGCCAUUCAGAUCAGUCGCCGUAUCUUCAAGCGCCUGAAGUCCUAUGUGAUCUACCGUAUUUGCAUUACAGUGCAGGUGGUCUUCUUCUUGGCUGCCUUGGCGAUCUUCUACAACCUCCGCUUCAAGGCGCUGUACAUCAUCCUCCUGGCCUUGUUCCACGACCUGCAGAUCGUCACCAUUGCCUAUGAUCAUCAAGUCGCCGGCGCCAAACCCGAAACCCCCACCGUCCUGGGAUUGCUUUUGCAGAGCUAUUCCAUGGGUAUCUUGAUGUUUAUCCAGACGAUGUUGCUGGUGUCUUAUGGCCACCUCUUCCUCUCGGAUGAAUAUGGUGAUGGCUACCACCAGUCCAUGAGCAGCGAAAUGGCUGGGAACGAGAUGAACAAGUACAUGGAGACGACGAUCUUCCUGCAGAUCUCCAACUCCUCCGCGAUCCUCAUCUUCUCCGCGCGGACCGUGGGCUUCUUCUUCAGCACAAUGCCGGCGUGGCAGUUGACCUUCUCCACUGCCUUGGGACAGGUGCUGAUCAACGUUUGGUGCUUGUGGGCACCAACAGGACUGGUGGACAAGUUGAAGCCUUCUGAUGUGGCGAUGGUGUGGCUCUACGAUUUCGCGUGGUUGCUCUUCUUGGACCUGGUGAAGAUGACCGCUGGAAGGCUCUGGGACAAGUACAAGCCGGCGACCAUCGACCGCAACCCCGCGUUGCAAGCGAAGGAUCGCAACUCGCGGCGCAUGUCCAACAACCUGCGACCCUCCUACAUGUUGGCACAGGUGGGUGGCGAAGAGUUGGGGAACAAAGUGGCACAGCUGCCGGAGGGAAGUCGCAAUUCCGUGCGCAUGUCGAGGACCUACAAGAAAUGA